AUGUCUUCGUCACGUCCAAGCGGUGGUCGAAAUUUCACGGACGCAGAAUUGGCCAGAUAUCUGAACUAUGAUGGUGUCACUAGUGAUAGCGAUGGAGAAACUGAGGGGAGUGAAACUGAGGAUUAUUUGGAGGUUAAGGAUUCUGAACAAACUGAUGAAGACGACGAGCCAAUGGAGGUAAUAUCUACCAGUUCGCCCAGAAUAGAAUCACCUGUUACUCUCGAAGAAUCUACGAGUAGCCAGAACACAGACAUUUCACGUGAUACAUGUAUUAUUUACUUGCCGCAAACGGUUUUGCGUGGGAAAGACAGGCAUGUUUGGUCUACGAAAAAGCCUCAAUCAUUGAGAACUCUUAGUUCUAAUAUUGUACGAAUAUCACGAGGUCCAACUUCUCAAUGUCGCCGUGAAAAUGAUCCUUUACAAUGUUUUAAAAUGUUUAUUACUGACGAAAUUAUAGAUGAAGUUGUACAAUGGACAAAUCCUGAGAUUAUAGUAAAACAGCAAAAAUUAUUCAGUCAUUAG